AUGCUCGGAAGUGGAAGACUGAGUCAGAAGACUCUGCUAGCCGCCGCCAUGAGAAGUGGAGCUCUUGUCCUCUUCUUCCAAUCGGUGCAGGUAGGGCCUGUGGCACCAGUGGUCACUGGUGCUGCAGAGUCUUCACAGAGGAUAAAGCAUAACAGUUACGAGACAGCUGUCCUAGGAAGAAACGUGACCAUCUUCUGCAAUGUGACAAGUCUGGCAAAUGUUGAGCAAAUCACCUGGCAGAAAGUUCAAGGCUCUUUGCUUCAAAAUAUCGGCACUUACAGCCAUAAAUAUGGAGAAAAUAUUCUCCCCCCAUAUGUAAACAGGCUGCACUGCAAGAUCCUGGAACCCAAUGCCUUCUUCAUAACUAUCCAAGGAGUGACAUUUGAAGAUGAAGCCUGCUACAAGUGUCUGUUCAACACCUUUCCACAUGGCAGUCAUGGAGAACAAACCUGCCUGAACAUUCUAACUGUAUCUGAAUUAGCAACUGAACUCAAUCCUGUUCCUGGAUCUGAAGAUCUCCUCAACCUCCGUUGUUCAGCUGUGGGAAAGCCUGCUCCUGGCAUCUCCAUUUAUCCUUCACAAGCCCUAGUGCCCACACAAGAAGAAUACUUUACUAAGAACCCGAAUACCACAGUGACCGUCACUAAAAUACACAACAUCUCUUUGAAAACUGUGAGGUUCUUGGGCCUCCAGCAUCUGUUUGUGUCCAUGACUCACCCUCUAAGAAGCGAAGAGAAGAUAGUUCCUCUGCCAGUAAAGCAGGAAGGUACCUUGAAUUAUUCUUUAAAUUGGAAGGAAACUGCAGUUGUAUUCAUCAGUCUGUUUCUUAUUUCAUGUAUCAUCAUCUUUGGGACCGUUCUCUAUAUCAGUUUCAAAAAGAAAAGGUCAAAGAACACACCUGAACCAUCAUCAACACAGAUGACUAACCCAUUAUCAACAUUGGUGCCCACACCGCCAUCAACAGAGACUGAGAAUUUAAUGAGCCAACGUCGUAAGGCAAAGAUAUAAUUUGUAGAAUCCAAUUUCUUUCUGUUACUAUAUUAUUUAAUUUUGGGAAGGAACCUUACAAAUUUGAUCAUGCAUUGGCUAGCAGCAAUGGUCAUUUUAGAAAUAAGUGGUGACAAAGGUUUGU